ACAAUAAUAACACAGCGGAGCGUCAACAAAGUUUUGAUUUUUAUAAAAGACAAGGUUCGCAUCAAGUACAAAACAGUUUCGUUCGAAACGCUGCCGUGUGAAGAGCACAGCGACCAGAACCGAGCGGGCGAGCACCGAGCAUCUUUCAGAUACUUUCUACCUAGCUACCUAGCAUCUAGCCGUACAGACUAAAUAGAUGCAUAUACGACCAAACGCGAGUGUCUGCAGUAUAUCUAGUGUCACCUGGUGCCAUCCCGGCAGCAAUUACUUUACGGGGAACCCCAAUUAACCCGAACUUCGAUCGCAGUGUUUGUUUUUGAAUUUUUGCAUCCAACCGCGGGACCAAAGAUGAAGUCGAAUCCGGCCGCGGAUCAUGUGUACUUUAACGACGGCUUCAAGUGCUCAACGAUCAGCAUCAGCACCAAUCUCACAGACCAGAAUGGCAGUGGCAACAGCGUGGGCUCCCAAGGAUCCAAGGAGUUCAUUCUGACCGAGGACGGCAAGAAGGUGAAACCCCCAACGAGCACGCUCGACUGCACCCACACCUGGCUGCAGGACUGUGCCCGACGCACCUUCAACCGCAAGACCCUACACAAGCGCCUGCCCAUAGUCAGCUGGCUUCCCCGCUACAACAGCCAGGAUGCAGUGGGCGACCUGGUCGCCGGCAUCACCGUGGGGCUCACCGUCAUUCCACAGGCGCUGGCCUACGCGGGCAUUGCCGGACUACCCGUAGCUUAUGGCCUUUACGCCUCGUUUGUGGGCUGCUUUGUAUACAUCUUCCUGGGCAGUUGCAAGGAUGUGCCCAUGGGUCCUUCGGCGAUUGUGGCGCUGCUUACUUACCAGGCCGCCCAGGGAUCGUGGCAAAAGUCCGUCCUCCUCUGUCUUUUAAGCGGAAUAGUAGAGCUGCUGAUGGGCCUCUUUGGGCUGGGAUUCCUCAUAGACUUUGUGUCGGGUCCGGUCUCCUCGGGCUUCACCUCCGCCGUCUCACUCAUCAUCCUCACCUCGCAGAUUCAGAGCGUACUGGGGAUCACGGCCAAGGGCAACACCUUCGUAGAGAUCUGGACGCAGGUCUUCCACAACAUCGAGCAUACGAGGGCAGGAGACACGGUUUUGGGACUCACCUGUAUCGUGGUCCUGCUGCUAAUGCGCAGCCUCUCCUCCUGCCGCAUUGGACCAACGAAUGAGGAGGAGUGUUCCACCUUCCAGCGGGCGGUUAACAAGAUUCUGUGGAUCGUAGGCACCGCUCGCAACGCCAUCUUAGUGGUGGUGUGCUGUGCCAUGGGCUACAUGCUCCACAGCGAGGAGCACGGUGCCCCCUUCAGAGUUGUGGGUGAGAUUCCACCUGGUCUGCCCAGCCUGCAAUUACCGCCCACAUCGGUUAGUGCCAAUGAGACAAGCGAUGGCGUGGCCCAGGGAUUUGUGGAGAUGGUGCACAGUAUGGGCUCUGGCCUGGUGGUGAUUCCACUAAUCUCACUAAUGGAAAACAUUGCCAUCUGCAAGGCCUUUGCCAACGGUAAACCGGUGGAUGCCUCUCAGGAGCUUAUCGCCAUUGGAACAGCCAACAUCUUCAACUCCUUUGUCCAGGCCUUCCCAGGAACUGGAGCCUUGAGUCGAGGAGCAGUGAACAACGCCAGCGGUGUCCGCACUCCACUGAGCAAUAUCUACUCCGGUGGCCUGGUGAUGAUCGCCCUUGUCUUCCUCACCCCCUACUUCUACUUCAUUCCUCGGCCCACACUUGCCGCCAUUAUCAUAGCCGCUGUGGUCUUCAUGGUUGAGGUCAGGGUGGUCAAGCCCAUGUGGCGAUCGAAAAGAAGUGAUCUAGUUCCUGGCGUGGGAACAUUCGUUGCCUGUCUGGUCUUGCCUCUGGAGUGGGGCAUCCUCAUUGGUGUUGGCCUAAACGUCAUCUUCAUUCUCUACCAUGCAGCGCGUCCCAAGCUCACUACCGAACUCCUCACCACACAGUCGGGCGUGGAGUACUCCAUGAUCACGCCUGACCGUUGUCUCAUCUUUCCCUCGGUGGAUUAUGUGAGGAAUCUGGUCAACAAGCAGUCCAUGCGUCAGAAUCUCCCCGUGGUCAUUGAUGCCUCCCAUGUGUAUGGAGCUGACUUUACGACAGCAACAGUUAUCGACUCUCUGAUCAGUGACUUUAAACAACGGGGGCAGCUGCUCUUCUUCUACAAUCUGAAGCCCAGCAUUUGCGCCAUAUUCGAGCAGGUUUCGGCGGCCCAGUUUGUGGUCUACUACCAGGAGCAGCAGCUGGACGAGCUGCUGAAGGAGAGGCACUACGUUCAAAAACGCCUGGAAACGGCAUGAGGCAUGAACUUCUCCUGAAUACGUGAUACUUUAUAAUUAGAAUAACUGUUUGCUUUAGUUAUUUAUGUAUUUGUAAGAGUUUAGUAUUAGCCAGAACACGAACACUAUUAGAAAUAAGUUUAUUACGGACUUAAAGAAUAGUAAUAGUUACUUUAAUUCAAGAAAAAAAUACUUUUCAAAAUGGUCAA